AUGGUUUUAGCAGAUCUAGGUAGGAAGAUUACCUCAGCCCUGAAGUCACUCAGCAAUGCUACCAUCAUCAAUGAAGAGGUUCUUAAUGGCAUGCUUAAGGAAAUCUGUACUGCACUUCUGGAAGCAGACGUCAACAUUCGAUUGGUCAAACAGUUGCGGGAAAAUGUCAGAUCUGUGAUAGACUUUGAUGAGAUGGCAGGGGGUCUCAACAAGCGCCGCAUGAUCCAGUCUGCAGUAUUUAAGGAACUAGUCAAGCUGAUUGACCCUGGUGUAAAGGCAUGGCAACCCAGCAAAGGCAAGAGCAACGUCAUCAUGUUUGUGGGUCUGCAAGGCAGUGGCAAGACUACAACAUGUACAAAGCUGGCCUACUACUACCAGCGGAAAGGGUGGAAGACUUGUCUCAUCUGCGCCGACACUUUCCGUGCUGGGGCCUUUGAUCAGCUGAAGCAGAAUGCAACCAAAGCUCGUAUUCCCUUCUAUGGCAGUUACACAGAGAUUGAUCCGGUGGUGAUCGCCCAGGAGGGGGUGGAGAAGUUCAAGUCAGAAAACUUUGAGAUCAUCAUUGUGGACACCAGUGGUAGACACAAGCAGCAGGACUCGCUGUUCGAGGAGAUGUUACAAGUUGAACAGGCUAUAAAACCAGACAACAUCAUUUUUGUGAUGGAUGCCUCAAUAGGCCAAGCUUGUGAGGCUCAGGCCAAAGCUUUCAAGGACAAAGUUGAUGUGGCGUCGGUGAUCAUUACCAAGCUGGACGGGCAUGCCAAGGGUGGAGGUGCUCUUAGUGCAGUGGCUGCCACCAAAAGUCCUGUCAUCUUCAUUGGCACAGGCGAACACACAGAUGACUUUGAGCCUUUCAAAGUGCAGCCAUUUGUUAGCAAGUUGCUAGGUAUGGGUGACAUUGAGGGCUUGAUUGAUAAGGUCAACGAGUUGAAGCUUGACGAUAAUGAAGAACUCAUGAAAAAACUCAAGCAUGGCCAGUUCACCUUGAGAGACAUGUAUGAGCAGUUUCAGAACAUCAUGAAGAUGGGACCUUUCAGUCAGAUUAUGGGCAUGAUCCCUGGGUUCAGCUCGGACUUCAUGACCAAGGGCAGCGAGCAAGAGUCCAUGGCUAGGCUGAAAAAACUCAUGACCAUCAUGGACAGCAUGAAUGACCAGGGUAGCCUCGAGGGAGAAAAGCUGUUCUCCCGCUGUCCAGGCAGAGUUAAUCGUGUGGCUCGAGGUGCCGGUGUGUCAGGUCGGGAGGUCAAUGAGCUGCUGACGCAGUACAAGAAGUUUGCACAGAUGGUCAAGAAAAUGGGAGGAAUCAAAGGCCUCUUUAAAGGUGGUGAUAUGAACAGAAAUGUCAACCAAGGACAGAUGACCAAACUCAACCAGCAGAUGGCAAAGAUGAUGGACCCCCGUGUCCUACAGCAAAUGGGAGGAAUGCAAGGUCUACAGAGCAUGAUGAGGCAGUUCCAGCAAGGAGCUACUGGCAAAUUUGGCAACAUGUUUAACUUCACAGACAGAUAA